CUCGUCGAGGGUCUUCAGCUGGUAUAAAUACCCGCCGAAUCUCCUCUUCGAACACCAUCUAACGAACACCUUCCCUCCAAGAAACAUCCGAGGUCCUCGUUAGCUCCUCAGCCAAAAUGAAGUUUGUUGUUGUCUUGGCUUGCCUUCUGGCCUUGGGACACGGCGCCCCUCAGUUCUUCCCUAGGGCCUCCCCGUUCACGCCUCGCCCUUUCAGGCCGUUCCCUCCACCCCAACCUUACUACAACCGUCACAUUGCCACCAUCAGAGACGUUCGUGAGGAUCGGGGCGAUGGUAACUUCAGGUACGAGUUCGAAACGGAGAACGGCAUCAACGUCAACGCCGUCGGAAGGCCAGGCUCCAGAGGGCAGAGCAACAUUGCCGGAGCCUUCAGUUUCCCAUUCCCUGAAGGAGGUUCCGGCCGCGUUUCCUACGUAGCCGACGAAUUCGGUUUCCGUCCUGAGUCGCCACUGAUCCCCACUCCUCCCCCCCUGCCCGCCCAUGCAGUGGAACAGAUCCGCACUGCAGAACGGCAGCGCGCCAGCGGGAUCCGUUUCGACUAGAGGACUGUUACUUGGAAAUGCAACGAAGAGACUUCUGUUUAUGGGCCAAUGAAUCGAGGACCUACAGCAAGCUUUUUGCUUUACACAUUACUACGUAAAUUGGGGCUUCUAACUCAUUCUAAUAUUCAUCCUACGCUGUCAAUUUAAUACAUUUUCAUGUACAACCACAUAUCCGGAAAUAUACAAUCAAAACGGAAA